CUCGACUUCUAAUUAGACUCGUUUGGUAUAACAGACCAUCAUGAAAGUGCUCAUAUAAUUCCAUCUUCAAAAAGUUGUUUGGACCGUGUCCAGCAUCAUUUUCUGUCCGUGUAAAAGAACGAACGAAUUUUAAAGUAGAUAUUCUUCAAAGCAAUCAAUUCCCUAUAUUCCUUUUCCCGACUCUGCUUUGUUUCUUUCUACGACGUGGUUUUUUUUUUUUUUUUUAUUCCUGCUGCCACUCUCGUUGCUUGCUUUUUUUUCGCUCAUAAUUAUACGUGAGAAAAGUGGCAAGAAGUCGUCACUACAAAUCUGCGUGCAAUGCGAAAUGCUCAGCUACUAGAACGACGACGACAACGGCGACGUCGGCGUCGGUUGUAACUAUCGCGCGCAGUCGAUCGAUGGCCCAGUGCCACUUCGCACCCUCGUUCUUGUCCCUUCCCCGCUCGUCAUCUUCCCACCCUAACGGUUCACCCUCGUCUCUAAAACCGCCGGUUUUUCCUAUCUCGGCAAUGGACAAACGCAAUCUCCUUUUCUUGCUUUAUCUUGUUCUCUUUAAUUUAUUUUCUUCUACUUUAGUUUACAUUCUAUGUACAUUCUAUCUUCCUUAUUUUCUGUUCUUUACGUUUUGUUUGCAAGAAAAAAUCUCCGAUAUAUAAUGCGUUGCGCAUUCUUAAUGUCAUCUGUCUCUGUCUUUCGCUUCCCUCUUCAUAUUAUUUCUAGUUUUUAUUAAUAUUAGUUUCGAAAAUAGUUUUCCUUUUGACUUAUCUUUUUGAUUUAAUAAUUCGUCUUUUUUUCGAUCUUCUCAGAUUUAAAACUCUUACUCAGAAAUUUCUUUCUGUUUCUUUAGAUUCUUUCACUGUUAUUGACUGCUUCAACAUUUUUUUCCUCCCUCCUGCUUCCUUAAUCUCUCGUAUUUUCAUUAAUUUUUCUUCUUUUUUUCUUCUUUGUAUGUACCAUUUUCUUAAUCCUCGUCUGUCUUCUUUUUUACGUAUAACAAACGUAUUAUACUUGUUAUUGUUGUUGAUCUAAUUAGUGAUAGUGGUUUUUAGAGCUGUUUUGAAAACUUAGUAACAGCAACUGUUGGUGUUGCAAAAGGACUGUUUCCCUCUUCUCCGCAACUACCGCUUGGCUACCAUGGAUCCUCGCAAUUCAUCCCCUUCUGGCUAUGCUAACUAGUCAUUACUGAUUACUGUGGCGCCCUCUCGCUUCGAUAUUUUCAUAAACCCUCUCAUCCCUCUCUUCUUGCUCUCUCUUUCUCCCUUUUAUUAUAUUUUUCUUAUAUUUUUAUCCUUAUUUUCUUUCGUCGCUUGCGUUUCUCUCUCUUUCUCUCUUGUUAAUUCCGACACUUGUUUAUCCUCUCUAGUUCUUUCUCUUUCCGUCUAAUUUUCCUACCCCUUACUAACACUGUCUCUUUCUUCCACCCCUUCUCCCUACCACGGUGGAACGGCAGUCGACAGUUGCGGUCGCAGUUUGCACACGCCAGCUUGUGGAUCACGAAAGGUCUGUCCGUCCGCCGCUUUCACCCUCGUAGGCGACUCCUCUUCUCGUUCCUUCGAACAUCCUCUGAUUCCACUCAAUCUUUCUCUCACAUUUUGCCUCUUCCUUUCUUUCUCUUUCUUUCCUUGCAUUCAUUCGGUACCUCGCAUUAGUUUAUCCCAAGCGAGCACAACUAUCAUCCUUCCAUUGAGGAACGCUCAAUCUGCCCUCCUAGUAGAUACGGCGCGUUACCGAUCAGAGAGACCGUACCGUCGUCGCGGCAUCAACCGUGUACGUGUUCUUCUUCAAUCUGCAGCAAGAGAUGGCUUUUUGGCAGACCAGGCAGUUGUGGCCACGCAUCGGUUCAUAGGAGUUUUCAGAAAAGAGCGCGAUUAGUACUCUACCACGCGUACCUUUAGAGUGUCCCCUUAGACGAUGAUAGACCCAAGUUCGUCCGAGGAAGAGAGCGAAGAGGAUCAGAGUACCCAUCAUGGUGGUGGUAGUGGCGGUGGCGCCGGGCGUCCUGGAAGCGGUAGCUCUCACGGUUCCCGUCGUCAUCCUGGUAGCAUCGGGAGUGGCCCGGGUUCCGGUAGUGUUGGAUCGCUCGCUUCGGGUCUCACGGCGUCGCCCGGUGGCACGAAUCAUGUCGGUCACUCCGGCACCGCGAGCUCUCAUGCAUCUGGAGGUCGAGUCGUUGCGUCGCAAGACUCUACCGGAGCUGGCCUGGACGUACCCAAUCUUAGCGCCAGGAACUCUCUGUCGCCAUCGAUGAGCGCGGCUCAGGAUGCCGCCAGCUAUGCUCAGAGACCUACCAGUCCGUCUCCUUCGGUAGCCAGCGAAAAAACUGAAGCGGAGUUGCAAGAUAAGCAAGAGAAAGAAGAGGAAGACAGGAAAAAGAGGAUCCAGCUUUAUGUCUUUAUAUCUAGAUGCAUCGCUUAUCCUUUCAAUGCAAAACAACCAAUGGAUAUGACACGAAGACAGAUGAAAGUUACCAAGCAACAACUAGAAACCAUAUCUUCACGAUUUCAGAGUUUUUUGAAGGGCGAGACGCAGAUCAUGGCCGACGAGGCAUUUCACAACGCCAUACAGCAUUACUUCGACGUAUUUCUGAAGUCAGACCGAGUAGUGCGAAUGGUACAAAGUGGGGCGUGCUCUCAAACCGACUUCCGCGAGGUGUUCAAGAAAAAUAUCGAAAAAAGAAUACGAAACCUCCCGGAAAUCGAUGGACUGAGCAAAGAGACUGUACUUACGUCCUGGUUGGCCAAAUUUGAUUGUAUCAUGAAAGGUACUGGUGACGAAGACACCAAACGGCCUUCCAGGAUGCAACAGUCUUUAAAUUCGGAGCUGAUACUGUCCAAGGAGCAAUUAUAUGAUAUGUUCCAACAAAUUCUUGGAAUUAAGAAGUUUGAGCACCAGCUUCUGUUCAACGCCCUCCUGUUGGAUUCAGCCGAUGAGCAGGCUGCUGCCAUCAGGAGGGAGCUGGACGGUCGCAUACAGCGAGUCAAUGAAAUGGAAAAGAACCGGAAGCUCAUGCCCAAGUUUGUCUUGGGUGGUAAAAAUAUGGAGUCGCUCUACAUCGAAGAGCUCAGGUCGUCUAUCAAUCUGCUAAUGGCUAAUUUGGAGUCGUUACCGGUCUCCAAAGGUUCGAUAGACAGCAAAUACGGGCUGCAGAAGCUGAAGCGCUACAACCAUCGUGGUGAGCGCUCCCGCUACCGCGGUCAGGGCUCUCUCGCAAAACUGGAGGGCGACUCCGCCGAUUCCGACCCCCAACUGACGAAAAUGGACGUCGGCCUGACCUUCCAACUGGAAGUAAUUGUAAUGGAAGUCAAGGGUCUUAAAAAUUUAGCACCCAAUAGAAUAGUUUAUUGCACUAUGGAGGUGGAAGGCGGCGAAAAGCUGCAAACCGAUCAGGCCGAAGCUUCGAAACCUAUGUGGGAUACUCAGGGUGAUUUCACAACGAUGCACCCGCUGCCGGUAGUUAAGGUCAGACUAUACACGGAGAAUCCGGCAAUGUUGGCGCUUGAGGAUAAAGAAUUGGGCAAGGUAAUCUUGCGACCCACUCCGCUGUCAGGCAAGAUGCCGGAGUGGCAUCGCAUGACUGUGCCCAAGAAUUGCCCCGAUCAAGAUCUACGCAUAAAAAUCGCCUGUCGCAUGGACAAGCCGCUCAACAUGAAGCAUUGCGGCUACUUAUACGCAAUAGGCAAGUCCGUCUGGAAAAAAUGGAAGAAGCGGUACUUUGUGUUGGUCCAGGUCUCGCAGUACACAUUUGCGAUGUGCUCGUAUAAAGAAAAGAAAAGCGAGCCGUCGGAAAUGAUGCAGCUCGAUGGCUAUACAGUGGACUAUAUCGAGGCCGUUUCCGCUAAUCUCAUGGUCGGCAUGGAUUUAGAGGGCGGAAGGUUCUUCUUUAACGCUGUGCGCGAGGGCGACAAUAUAGUGUAUGCUUCGGAUGAUGAGAACGAGUGUCAUCUGUGGGUGAUGGCGAUGUACCGAGCAACCGGCCAGUCUCACAAACCUACUCCGCCGGUCUCAGUGGUCGACAAGAACUCCACCAUCAGCAAAAUCCAGGGCGACACAGAUCGUGCCAAAAAACACGGCAUGGAGGACUACAUCAGUGCAGAUCCGUGCAAGUUUGAUCACCACUUACUAUUCAAGUAUCUGCAAAACUUAGUGCUGGACUAUAGACUGAACGAUCCUUAUUGCUCGCUCGGCUGGUUUUCACCUGGUCAACUUUUUGUGAUUGACGAGUACUGUUCGAGAUAUGGGGUGCGUGGAUGCUAUCGACAUCUCUGUCUUCUUCACGAUCUUUUGGACAGAAUCGAUCGUGGACUUAUGAUAGAUCCAACGUUGAUACACUUUAGUUUUGCUUUUUGUGCCAGUCAUGUUUAUGAUGACACGUCUGAUGGCAUGGUCCGCUCGAUCAUCUAUGAAGAGAAGGAGAAGUUCCACGAGAUUAAAGACCGACUUCGACAGAUUCUCGAAAAGCAGAUUACAAACUUCAGGUACAGUUUUCCAUUUGGACGUCCGGAUGGUGCGCUAAAAUCAACCUUAUCGCUCUUGGAACGCGUUCUGAUGAAAGACAGCGUGACGCCCGUGCCACAAGAGGAAGUAAAAGCAUUGAUAAAGACCUGCCUUGAAACGGCGGCUCUGGUAAAUUACACAAAAUUGUCAGCCGAGGCGAAAAUCGAGGAUGAUCUAAGUGGCGAGGUAUCUGUACCACCCAGCAAGAAACUUGAAGAUCUAAUACAUCUUGCUGAACUGUGCGUCGACCUGCUCCAGCAAAAUGAAGAGCAUUAUUCGGAGGUAGCGUUCGCCUGGUUUAGCGAUCUUAUGGUGGAGCACGCCGAGAUCUUUUGGUCGCUUUUUGCCGUUGACAUGGACAAAGUUCUUGCGGAUCAACCACCCGACACGUGGGACAGCUUUCCAUUAUUCCAAAUACUGAACGAUUAUCUAAGAACUGAAGAAGGUUUAAACAACGGAAGAUUUCAUCAGCAUCUACGCGACACAUUCGCGCCACUGGUGGUGCGCUACGUUGAUCUGAUGGAAACCUCGAUUGCUCAGUCGAUCCAUAAAGGUUUCGAGAAAGAACGAUGGGAGAUCAAAGGGAAUGGUUGCGCAACUUCAGAGGAUCUGUUUUGGAAGCUCGACGCGUUGCAGUCAUUCAUCGGUGGUUUGCACUGGCCUGAUCUCGAGUUCCGUCAACAUCUUGAACAGAGACUCAAACUGAUGGCUUGUGACAUGGUGGAAUCAUGCAUACAAAGAACUGACGCAGCUUUCCAGCAGUGGUUGAAGAAAGGCGUGACUUUUAUCUCUACUGAUUAUAUCAUACCUUCGGAAAUGUGUGCUAUGGUGAAUGUUAUUUUGGACGCCAAAAAUCAAAGUUUUAAGCUUUGUACUGUUGAUGGUGUCGAUGUGCAUCAAUUUCAUGCCAAGAUCGAUGACAUAAUCGAAAAAACGUCAGCGGGAAUGACCCAAGGAAUGAUUAAUAAGUUAAUAUCGGUAUUAGAAGCGACACUCUCAAAACUGUCUCGUUACGACGAGGGUUCUCUCAUUGGCUCCAUUCUCAGUCUUACGAAGGUAUCAGGAAGCGGAAAAGAAAUGGGACAAGCUUAUGUCAACUUUACGAGAAACUGUAUGGAUCAGAUUCGCAGCAAAGUUCUCGAUGAAUUGUGGAUCUUGACUUUCUUUGAGCAAUGGUACACGGCACAGAUACAAAUGCUGUGUAAUUGGUUGUCCGAGAGAAUCGAUCAUAGUCUGCAUCUAUAUCAAUGUACCUGUCUAGCUCACAUCGUCAAGAAGAUCUAUUCGGACUUCGAGCUCCAAGGUGUUAUGGAAGAGAAACUCAAUACCAAGACAUAUCAGACUAUAGACAAGAGGAUGAAGACGGAAGAAGCAACUUGUGCCUUAACCAUGAGCGCUCAGAACGAAGAGGGGCUUUCGGAGAAUGGCAAUGACGACGAGGUGGAGAGACCUAAGACAAAAGUGACGAUCGUUGAGACGAUAACGGAAGACGCGAAUUACGUGGCUAAUCUGAGCAACGUUACUUCGAACGUUGUUGGGAAAGUCGGUAGCAUGUUUGGCAAGGGUAUCGGCGGUCUUUCUACAAAAUUCGGCUCAGCCAGUAAUUGGUUCUAGUUAUUGUUUCUAGCACUCUGCCAGUAAAUCUUACAUUCGACUAGUAUGUUUCUUCGUCUAAAUACGGGGAUGCAAUGAUGUCUGAAGAUAUAGCCAGUGUACUCUAAUAGGCAAUACGAUGAUCUAGAGUUUUGUUCAUACACAAACAAAUACGAUACAAUUAAUUGUAUCGGGUUUUAGCUUUUUUGAUCGUUUUUGUUUCAUACACACAUACACACAGUUUUCAAUCGUUGAUUCUUUUCGAGACUUCCGGCCGCCGUUUUCCACGGCGUUAAGCGCGCGGAAUUAUACAAAGAAAAAUUUACUUAUUAAAAUCUCACCAUUGAGAAACUAUAAUUAUUACAUAUAAUAUUUUUGUUUACUUAUAUAGGCACAGUUUUCAGAUUUCAACUAAUAAUGCAUAAUGUUAGAUGCAUAACACGCGCGAGAAUUAUGCAGAUUUGUAAUUUGUUAACAUUUUAAUUAAUCGAUUUAUCGUUUUAUGUUUGAUCUCAGGAAAUAGAACAUAGUCGAAAAUAUAUUCGAAAAGGUUGAUAUCGAUGCGUGAUAUCGCGCACGACUCAGCCUUUAAAACGCGUAGAUAUUUAAUCAUAUUACAAAGGUAAAUGUAUAUAAACGUACAUGCAUAUAUAAAACACACGUGUAAUUAUAAAUAUUCGUACAUUUUGUCGUGGUCUGUAUGUGCCAGGCUAACGCAACGUUGAUAUAUUAGCUGAAUUGUCAACACAGAGUAAAGAUUUUUCCUACUUAGUCUGUGUACCGCGAGUUGGUUUAGCGGAUUCAGUUGAGUUGUUGGGGAGCAAAGACAUAAACACUCGGAGAAAGAUUCUCGAGUCGCUUGCAACGUUACUUGGCUGCAGGACUUGAUGAAACGCGAUACAAAAACUCUCGGAGUAUGAAGUAAAAGAAAAAAACCCAGUGAGAAAAUAUAAAGGACCGCUGACUGCCGAAACAGCUUACAAAAUUAAUUUUGCAAUUAACAUGAGAAUGCUUUUUUACUGUUAGAUACGAUCGCUGUUGCGUGUUGGACGACCAUUCACCCGAUACACUCGCCAACGAAAAAUAUCUCUUGAAACAAUACAGAGAGCACGAAAGAGUUUUUUUCUUUUGUAUGAAAAAAAAAAUCAUUUUUAUAUUAUUUGUACACUGUUUGUGUACAACAUUUUUUGGUAAAUCUCUCUUUUCUUGGAUUAUCUGUAUAGAGAUAACAUGGUGCGUAUAAUAUUCCAGUUUGACGACGAAUCAGGUAGGAGAAUAGUAAACGUGUUUGGCUGACAAAUAACUCGCGAUAGAUCAAUGAUAGUUUUCUAAACGGCAAUAAAUAAUCAUAAAUGUAAAUAUACAAAUAAUCUCAACAUAGUGCUGAUUAAUUGGUAACAUGUUGUAAUUUUUCGUAGUUUCUUCAGAUGUUAGAUACUAUUUACAUUUCGUAUAAGCACACGUUAUUACAUAUAAUUAGCCGCGAUCGAAUGGUCGCCGACAACAUCAAAAGCAGUGAACGUAAUAUAGCGCAUGUUGUUGUUCUUUUAAUCUACGUUAUGUUAUCGUAUUUUUAAUAUAAUAUCAAUAUAGAGAUAGAGCAUAUAUUUAUUGUUUAACUAUUUAUUUCUCGCUUUUUUUCGUCGCUGCGUCGUCGAUAUUACGUCGAGACUAUUAACGCGUCCUUAUGGCAAAAUAUACAAGUAUUAUAUAAUAAGUUUAUAUACUGCAAGAAAAAAAGACAGAGACAACACCUUGUGUUGUCACGGGGCGCAUGUAUAUUUUCAAAACUUCACGACAUAACGCAUGUCAUGAUUAGUGAAUAUUUAUUUAGCUUGAUAUAAACUUUUAAAAGUGCAUCAAACUUGAAAGUAUAACGAAGCAGGGUGAAAAAUUAUUAUUGUUAUCUUUACUCUAUUGCAAAACAUCUCUAUUGCAAACAAUAGAUUUGUGUUCUGAUACUUUCCAAAACAUGACGCGACAAAAUUGCCUUCGUGACUAUUGAGCUUUCUUCAAGCUCUCUCUCUCUCUCUCUCUACCUCAAAUUUGAAGACAUACCUUGUUUACUGCAUAAAAUAAUUUUAGACAAAAAUAGAUUAUAAUAAUUUAAAAAAAAACAAAUUAUAAAAAAAGAUAAUUAUUUACAAUUACAUAGCAAAUUAUACAGUGUUCAAAUCGGGUUUUAAUCAUAUCAUGUUCAGUUGUCCACUUUUUCAUCGGUUAAAUAACAAUCAUGCGUGUCACUGAUCACUUGUCUAAAUUUAUAAUUUAUGUCUGAUCACAUAGUAUUUACUUGAACAGUGUCAAACCGUGAAAUGUUCAAUCGUUACUUCGCCGGGGUACGUCCAAAUAACUAACUUUGUUUGUAACUUUUUAAUAAACAAUGAGCGAUUACUAAAACCUUCCAAACAUUACCUAGGACUAUAAUCUUGAUAAUACAAGAUCAUUGGACGUGACUAUGUAAUUGCAAAUACUGACCUACUCUCCGAUUUUUCUUUUGGCCUCUUAUAGAAAACGCAGUUUUCAUCCUGCUUCGACGAAUAAAUCAGUAAAAAUAAACCGUAAAGGAAGGAGAGAAAAUACAAAAAAUAGCAGUCGUGCGAGUACGAGACAAGGAAUUUACCAUUCGUUUGUACAUACUUUAUAGCGGUGGUGAACGAAAGCGGUAGGACAGAGUCUCAACUUUUCAUAUGAUAAAACACACAGAAACAAAAAAACAGAGCAGGCAUUAAGAUCUCACGGAAGGGAGAAUCGUUUUGUUGUUUGAAAGUUGCGCGAAAGCAGAUUUUUUUGCACGAAGAAAUCCGUAGCUUAUACCGACGCGCGUGUACACGUGGUAUAUGCGGCGAAAAUAAAUUCUUAGGAAGGAUGUUAUCUCCUUCAUCGUCGACUUCCGAACUUAACAGAAUAUUUUUUUAUGCAUCGUACGUUCAGGAUAGAGAGCGACGAAAGGCGAGCUCCAUUUUUCUCUUUCAAUCUUUUUCCUUUCUCUCUCUCUUUCUCUUUCUCUCUCUCUCUCUCUCUCUCUUUCUCUCUCUCUCUCUUUCUCUCGCCAGAAAUCGACAAGUGCUUGUUAGUUUGUUAUAAAAGAAAAGAAUAACUGUUAAACAUGUUGGAUUUUUCUCAUCUUGAUAUAUCACUCAAAAAUCCUUUGAGGAAAGGAAAGUUGUUAUAUAGUACGUUUUACGAUUUUAAAUGUAUAUAAGUGCAUUCUUUAGUUCGUACAGCUUGUUUACAACUAACUAAAUUAGAUUGAUAUUUUGUUUGACCGACAAUAAGAUCUAGUUUUCUUUUUUAAAUUGAGCCUUUGAAUUAGGCAUCGCGCAAGAUGCAAUAACAGCAUUAAAAUGCUUUUAUCAAAUUUCAAAAUUUAUGGGCUUUUAAUAUUUGUAGCUUUUAUUUUUUCUAAGAAGCUCUUAAAAGUAGAAUCUCUGUUAAUUUAAAAACUGAAAAGUGAAAACGCAAAUAGUAAAAAGCAUCAUGUAUGUUUUCUUACUUACAAUUAGUCUGAGCAUGUAAUUAAAGCUUAAUUUUGCGCAAUAUGUAUAUAUCUUUUUUUUUCGAAAAGAAAAUAAUGAAAUAUAAAAAACAAUUCGCAAGUCUGUUGUGCGCGUUAUUGCAGCUGCUCGAACAUUUUGCCACUGAUGUUGUAGUGUCACACAGUGUUUGUAGUGUAAAUGUGGAGCAUUAUAUAUGAUUGUAUGAUUUAUUUAGUAUGGCGAUUAAGUCAGUAAACCGCGGCCUUACAUAUAAUAUGUAUACACGAAUAUUUUUGCUUAUGAUUACGAGAAAGUGAACAGCCGAACCGAACGUGAAGUCCGACGAAAGCAAAUGGGCUAACAACAAACAAAAAAAAAAAAGAAAUGAAACGAACGGAAAAUAUUUGAAAGGCUAUCAAAAAUUUAACACUAAAUUAUUAUAUUACAUUUAUCGAUACUCUAACGACGAUAGAGAAUUCUAAUUAUCAAAGUUAUUCUUACUACAUAUUAGUAAUUCUCCUGUAACUCUACUAUUAUCUAAUUAGAUUAGAACAAUUAUGAGAUAAUUCUCACUUUUUCUGUCUAACUAUCUAUCUAUCUAUCUAUCUAUCUAUCUAUAUUGAUCUAUCGAUCUAUACCGUUUCCGUUUCUUUGUUCAGAUAAUAGUAUUUCUGCACCGAUCGAACUUCGAUACGAACACUUCUGUCGCCAGCUCUCUCUACCAGUCUGUCAGUCUUUCUCACCUUCUUGUUCUGUAUAAUUUUGUAUCUCUCUCUCUCUUCUCUCUGUUUCUUCUCUUCCCUUUCUUUAUCAAUUUUUCUUCUUUGUUCUCCUCAUUCCCUCCUCCUUACUGCCCUAUCCAUCUCUCUCAGUUUUUUUCUGUUUUGACGUUUUUAAAACUGUGACUUAAGUCGAAGAGAUGAUCUUCUUACUUACAAUUAGUCAAUGUCUAGUCGAUUUAACUUUUACUCUUAACUGUUGUUCUCUCGUUAAUAAAAAGUCCGACAAAAAAAAACCAAAACAAGAUUUAAAAAAAACAACACAAUA